ACCAGACGACCGGCAUUCCCCAGGCCCAGCCAAACGCUCUCCAUGUCUCCUGGUUUCCCUCGGGUCAGUCUCUUUGGCAGACGAAACAAAGCAAACACAGCCUUCCCCUGGCCUGCGUCCCCUUGACCUCUCCUGCUGCCCUGGGCCCACUCCUGUCCUACUCCUCCUGGAAGCAGCCCCAGGGGUCUGAGCCAGUGCUUUGGGCAUCCAGCCCCUGCCCAUGGUUUCCCUACUCUGAGCCUUGGCUUCCCUGCGUGUUUGCGUCACUUCGUGCGUGAAGAUGCCGGCGCACAGGAAGCAUUUCAUUAGAGCCGCGGCCUGUUGUGAUUGGUUGCCGGAGUGGGAGAGACUGGGGGCUGGACUAGCCUCGGAGGAGCCCCAGGGCCCCCGACGUCUGAGACCCCACGCCUGGUGACUCUCCGUGGGCUCUGGGGCUGUGAAGACCACGCACGAGCAGUACAGAAGUGGGAACGUCUGGUCUGAGCAGGGCGGACACCCAGCGUGACCCCUCACUCUCCUGCUUCUCCUCUCCUCCCCCCUCUGCCUUCUGUGGCCUCUGCUCUUGCCCAAGGAGAACAGCCGGGAGGAAGAGGGAAUGGCUUCUGCCCUGACAGCCAGGCCCGGGAAGAGCCUCUGAAACACUGAACUAGCUAUGGCAAUGCUUGCAGCAACCUCAUUAUGGAUUUGUAUGUCCCUAGAAAGUGUACUGCCAAGGAAUCAGUCACAUUCAAGGAUGUGGCCAUAGAAUUCACCCCAGAGGAGUGGGUACAAUUGAACCCGUCUCAGAAAAAGUUAUACAGGGAUGUGAUGCUGGAGAACUAUAGGAACUUGGUGUCUUUGGGAUUUGCAGUUUGCAAACCAGAUGUGAUCUACCAGUUGGAAAGAAAAGAAGCAUCUUGGAAGCCAGAGGCAGAUAUUCCAAGAAGCAGCUGUCCAGAGAGCAGAGAGUUUACGCGAGAUAAACUCCUUGUAUAUAAUGAAUGUUGGAAGACCUUCAGGAGCAAGGAGCAUCUGUCUGGGCAUCAGAGAAUUUGUACUGGAGAGAAACCUUCUGAAUGUAGUAAAUGUGGAAAGGCCUUCAGAAGGAAGUCACAUCUUACUGAUCAUCAGAAAAUUUAUACUGGAGAUAUGUGUUAUGAAUGUAAGGAGUGUAGGAAGGGUUUCCUCUGUAAUUCAGGUCUUAUUCUACAUCAAAAAAUUCAUACUGUAGAGAAACCUUAUGAAUGUGGUGAAUGUAGAAAGACCUUCAGAUAUAAGACACAAUUUACAGUACAUCAGAGAAUUCAUACUGGUGGGAAACCUUAUGAAUGUAGUGAAUGUGGGAAGGCCUGCAGGGAUAAAACACAACUCACAUUGCAUCACAGAAUUCACACUGGAGAGAAACCUUAUGAAUGUGGUGAAUGUAGAAAGACCUUCAGAUAUAAGACACAACUUACAGAGCAUCACAGAAUUCAUACUGGAGAGAAACCUUAUCAAUGUAGCAAAUGUGGAAAGGCCUUCAUAAGGAAGGCACAACUUACAGUGCAUCAGAGAAUUCAUACUGGAGAGAACCCUUAUGAAUGUAGUGAAUGUGGGAAGGCCUGCAGGGAUAAGACACAACUUACAGUGCAUCAGAGAAUUCAUACUGGAGAGAACCCUUAUGAAUGUAGUGAAUGUGGAAAGGCCUUCAGGAGAAAGGCAGAACUUACAGUGCAUCAUAAAAUUCAUACUGGAGAGAAACCCUAUGAAUGUAGUGAAUGUGGAAAGACCUUCCGGAGGAAGUCACAUCUUAGAAUUCAUCAGAGGAUUCAUACUGGAGAGAUGUGUUAUGAAUAUAAAGAUUGUACAAAAGGUUUCCUCUACAACUCAGAUCUUACUCCACAUCAAAAAAUUCAUACUGGAGAGAAACCUUAUGAAUGUAGUGAAUGUGGAAAGGCUUUCAGAUACAAGACACAACUUACAGAGCAUCAGAGAAUUCAUACUGGAGAGAACCCUUAUGAAUGUAGUAAAUGUGGGAAGGCCUGCAGUGAUAAGACAGAACUUAUAUUGCAUCACAGAAUUCACACUGAAGAGAAACCCUAUGAAUGUACUGAAUAUGGAAAGGCCUUCAGGAGGAAGUCACAUCUUACUGAUCAUCAGAAAAUUCAUACUGAAGACAUCCUUAAUAAAUUUAAGGAGUGUGGGAAGACUUUCCCCUACAACUAAGAUCUCAUUGGACAUCAAAAAAUUCUUACUGAAGAGAAACUUUAUGAAUGUAAUGAAUGUGAGAAGACCUUCAGAGUGAGAAUACAACUUAACACCAAAGAAUUCAUUCAGGAAAGAGUGUAGUGCAUGUAGGAUGGCCUUUAGAUUGAGGACAUUACUUUAUGUCCAUCAGAGAAUUCAUCCUGUUAAGAUUCCUCAUGAAUGUUAGGAGUGUGGAAAGGCCUUUAUUGCAAUUCAGAUGUUUUUAGACAUCAAAAAUUCAUGUUGGAGAAAAACCUUAUGUAUGUAGUGAAUGUGGGAGAGCCUUCAGGAAGAACCCAUAUCUUACUGUGUGUCAGAGAAUUCAUACUGGAGAAAUUCUUUAUGAAUGUGAGUAGUAUGGGAAGGCCUUCCAUCACAAAUCAGAUCUUUCUCAAUUUCAAAUAAUUCAUAGUUUCUGAAUGUAAUGUACAAAAGAAGGCCUUCCACUUGAAUAUAGCUUUUACUCAACAUCAGCACAUUCAUACUGGAGAGAGACCUUAUGAAUGCAGUGAAUGUGGGAAGAACUUCAGCCUGAAGACACAACUUGCUCAACAUCUGGAUAGAAACCUUUUGAGUUUUGGAAGUCCUUUAGACUAAGGGUAUUACUUUGUAUCCAUCAGAGAAUUGGUUCUAGUGUGAUUCUUCCUGAUUGUGAGGAGUGUGGGAAGAUCCCCCAGCUGACUAGACUGUGAUUCUGAGUUCUGAGAUGCAGUUCAGAUUCCUUAUUUAGGCACCACGAUACAAGAUAUCAUUCCCCUCAGUAGAGACCUCUGAAGGGGCAAAGAUUUAGUGUUAUUCUCCCAUGGACCUUCAGUGAGGGAGAAGUUAUGCUGGCUGAAGCUGAGGUUACUAAGUAGAUAGUAGUAUUGGGAGAUCCUCAACUUUGAUCCCUGGACAUAUGGGAUGCAAGAUGCUUGGGGAUGACCUCUUGGCCAUGACAUGAGCCUGAGCCUAAUGUGGAUGAAUAAUUGUUGACAGAGCUUGAGGAAUAUAUCAUAACCUGAGCUGUAUUCCUGAUGUUGCUGGUCCUGCUUCUGUUCCUGUUCAUUUCAGUAGCCAGUGUGGACCUUACAGAUUUGAAACCACAUUAAUUAAAACAAAGCAUCCCAAGGGUGUGUGGCAGAUGUUGAUGCAAUGUGAUUUCUGCCAGUGCUCUGAAUGCCAAAGGGAAGAAGUUCAUUGAGGUGCAGGUAAACAGCAGGAUUAACUAUGACCUUUUUAUGGUAGCCAAAUACCUUCUUAUCUAAUUAGUGAACACAUGAGGAGAUGAAUAAGAUUCCUGUUAUGGGGCAGCUAGGUGGCGCAGUGGAUAGAGUACUGGCCCUGAAGUCAGGAGGACCUGAGUUCCAAUCCAGCCU